GCAAAUUAAUAUUUAGUAAAGAUGUGUGGAAAAGAUUCAUUUCAUUUAAGAAUGCGAUUGCAUCCUUUUCAUGUAAUUCGAAUCAACAAAAUGUUGUCGUGUGCUGGAGCGGAUAGGCUUCAAACAGGUAUGAGAGGAGCUUUUGGGAAACCUCAAGGAACAGUUGCUCGUGUAGAUAUAGGACAAAUGAUUAUGUCUGUAAGAGCUAAGGAUCAACAUAAGGAACAUGUUAUUGAAGCCCUUCGUCGUGCAAAAUUUAAAUUUCCAGGCCGUCAGAAAAUUGCUGUUUCAAAAAAGUGGGGUUUUACAAAGUGGGAUAAAGAAGAAUAUGAAGCAAUGCGAGCAGAUGGUCGUCUGAAGCCAGAUGGAUGUUAUUGUCACUAUUAUAACAACCAUGGGCCUUUUGAUGUUUGGGUUGAUAUGCAGCGAGAAUUAAGAGGACUUGAUUAAUGUAAGAGUUAUAUGUAAUUAAUUAAAGUCCUGAAUAAGUACUGGAAAAAAAAAAAAAAAAAAAAA